AUGUUUUCUGGACGCAGCCAUUCUAUGUUGAACGCAGUCCUGUGGUCUGUUCUUUCGCUCUGCACUGCUGCACUGGUGCAAUAAGUUAGAGUGAGACAAAUAUAUAUAUAUCUCACUCUAACUUAUUGCAGCAGUGCAGACAAAAGAACAGACCUAUUGUUUCUUUUAACCUACCAAUUCUUUUAACUUCUAUUCCGAACCUGUAAAGCGGGAAGCACACACUCUUGUAUAAUAAAGGUUAGGUAAACUUUGCUGCAACUAUAUAUUUUCAUAUCGACAAUUACACAGUGCAUCUGUUAUACCACAUGGUUUAUCGCACAUCAGGUGCUUUUUAUAGAUUUCUCAAUUACAUCAAGUCACCUAUUCAAGAAACCUCAGUAUUUUAUUCUUUUUUACGCAAAAUGUCAGAGAACAUGGAUAAGAAGGUGAAAAUUGGUACUCAUAAUGGUGUUUUCCAUUGCAAUGAGGUGUUUGCCUGUGUGCUUUUAAAGCUAUUGCCACAAUAUAUGAAUGCUACCAUAGUGAGAUCUCGAGAUCAAGAUAUCUUAGACAAAUGUGACAUUGUAGUGGAUGUUGGUGGAGUGUAUGAUCAUUCCGCCCAUAGAUACGACCAUCAUAUGAGAGAAUUUCGCCAAACAUUACACACUGUGCUGAAGAAUCCAAAUUACGACGACCUUAUCAAGUUGAGCAGUGCUGGCUUGAUUUACUGUCAUUUUGGCCAUGAAAUACUGAGGAAUCUAUUUCCAGAAGUAAAGGACGAAGACAUUGAAGCGAUCUUUAAAUAUAUCUAUGAUACUUUAAUUGUGGAAAUUAAUGAUAUAGAUACAUACUCGGGUGGAAAGCAAUUGUAUUCCACAUGUACUAACUUGAGUUCUCAAGUGAAACACCUGAAUCCUCCUUGGAAUAGUACAAAUAUGAAUGAGGAGGGACAAUUUGAGAAAGCCAUGGCUUUGGUACUUGAUGUAUUUAUGAAUUUUGUGACUCGCGCUGAGAAAAUCUGGCUACCAGCAAAGGAAGUUGUGCGAAACGCCGUGGCCAAUCGAUUUACGGUUGACCCAAGCGGAGAGAUAAUAGAAUUGUCGGAACCAGUACCGUGGGAGGAGCAUCUAUUUACAUUAGAGGAAGAACUGACAUUAAUACCAUCAAUAAAGUUUGUCAUUUACUCGAGAAAAGGCGAGAAUCGAGUCCAAGCUGUACCGUCAAGAUACACUGAUCACAGAUGUAGAUUUGACCUUCCUAAUAAAUGGUGGGGCUUACGUGAUGACACGCUCGUGGCAGCUUGCGGAAUCGAAGGCGCCAUAUUUGUACACGCAACUGGGUUCAUAGGCGGACACAAAACUAGAGACGGGACCUUAGCUAUGACGCGGGAAGCCCUCAAAAUCAUAAAGUAUGUUGAUCCAAUGCAUGAUGAACGUCUAUGUCGACCUUGGUUAUUUAAUAAAGACUAAAGCAUUAUAGAUGUAACGGAAAGAAUGAGUUGCGUGAUAUAUAGUCGUCAAGACGUUUGAAACAUGA